AUGUCCAUAGUGUAUUGUCAGAGAAACCUCCGCAGCAGAUCCAAGCCUGUGAUACCGCUGUCUUCCACUGGGGACAGCGCUGGUGUAAUUUCCUCCUCCUUGACGGCAGAACAAUCCGUCCGCAGCAGAACAAUCCGUCUGCAGCAGAACAAUCCGUCCGCAGCAGAACAAUCCGUCCGCAGCAGAACAAUCCGUCCGCAGCAGAACAAUCCGUCCGCAGCAGAACAAUCCGUCUGCAGCAGAACAAUCCGUCCGCAGCAGAACAAUCCGUCUGCAGCAGAACAAUCCGUCCGCAGCAGAACAAUCCGUCCGCAGCAGAACAAUCCGUCUGCAGCAGAACAAUCCGUCCGCAGCAGAACAAUCCGUCCGCAGCAGAACAAUCCGUCCGCAGCAGAACAAUCCGUCCGCAGCAGAACAAUCCGUCCGCAGCAGAACAAUCCGUCCGCAGCAGAACAAUCCGUCCGCAGCAGAACAAUCCGUCUGCAGCAGAACAAUCCGUCCGCAGCAGAACAAUCCGUCCGCAGCAGAACAAUCCGUCCGCAGCAGAACAAUCCGUCCGCAGCAGAACAAUCCGUCCGCAGCAGAACAAUCCGUCCGCAGCAGAACAAUCCGUCCGCAGCAGAACAAUCCGUCCGCAGCAGAACAAUCCGUCCGCAGCAGAACAUUAAUUAG